GACAGAGAAAAAGGACUGACACGAGCGAGAGCGAGACGUCAAACUGUCAAAAAAGAUGGCGUCUUCGUGAGUUGAUCGAGUUGUCCUUUUCGCACUGUAAAUUUUUUCGUGCAUUCGUACUUUCUUUGUCUAAUUAUCUAGUAAUUUGUUUACUAAAAACAUCGUAAAACUUUGUCUACAUUUCGUACACACGGUGAGGGGAAGGCGUACGCUUGCAAAGUGAUUAAAUAGUGAAACAAUGCGGCCUUCUGGGCGAGGCGUCUAUGUUUACUGUGCCACCGUAUCCACGGCUGUAUCACCAUAAAACUAUUUCCAGCACCCCCUGAUGCCCUCUUCGCACCCCAAUUAACCCUCUAACCGCAAAAAUGGACAAAAAAAACAAGAAGAAAACCGUGAUCAAGCGGAAAAGCGACGAGGCGGCCGAGUCGGAAAAGAGACAAAAAAUUAUGGUCAACCGCGCGAAAGUUGAAGAGGAAAAAGAUAAGGUUGAGGUUGUGGGCCAAGUGGUGGAGGUGCCGGCGGAGCAGAGCCAGCAGGUGGUGCACACGGGGCAGCUUGUCGAGGGGAACUUCGAGCAGCCAGUCUUCGUCAACAUGAAAGGGGAACCGGUCCAGCUAGGCCCCAACACAGUGAUUCUGUAUGAGCAGAGUGGCAACCCGUCCAACUUUGCCUUUGGGGGGAUGUGGACGAUGGAUUCGUCAGGCCGGAUUGUGAUGGCCGAGACUAUUUAUGAUGUGAAGGGAGAGCCCGAGGAGGAAGGCAGCACUUUUGUGCAGAACACUGCGGAAGUUAGUAAUCAACAAGUGGAGGAGCAGUCCAGCACGUUCCAGCAGUACGAGAUCACCAACAACACGCAGACCGUGGAACAGCCGCAGUACGAGGUGGCCAUCAUUGAUAGCCAGCCUACUGAGGAAGUUGAACGACCGGACUCCUCAGUCAUCGUGACGGAGGCGCAGCUGGCGGCGGCGGGCGCGGGCGCCGUGCGCUGGCUCAACCAGAAGUACGACUUCGUGGUGAGGAAGCUGCAGCUCAACUACGACGCGGGCGUGAAGCUGCUCCACAGCGCGUCCGGCUGCAUCCAGUGCGUGUACCUCACCACGCCCAGCAUGCAGCUCGCCUUCAACGCCGUGCCGCAGUUCCUGUGCAUCGAGACCGGCAUAGAGUUCAACAGCACAAUACCCACAGUGGGGGGCACGGGCAGCCCCUCCGUGAAGCACAACGUGACUCUGUUCCUAGCUGAAGACGGCAACGGGAAGUCGGUCAUUGUUAGCGCAGGUAUAUCAACCCUGAUCGGCUCGGACCUCUCGUGGCUGCUGGACACGUUCAAGUCGUGCAACCCGGCGUGGCGGCAGGUGCGCUGCGUCGUGUGCGACCCCAACAAGUGUCAGCAAGUGGUCCGCACAGCGUUCCCAUCCGCCCACGUAACCUGCUCAGUCUGGCAGGCCGCCUCCGCCGCAGCCUCGCUAGUGGCCGCCGCCCGCCCGCCCGCGCCCGCGCCGCCCGCCCAGGCCGAGCUCGCCGCCGCCUGCAAGACGUACGCGCUGGCGCUGCUGAGGCAGGACCAUACGCCGGCGCAACUACAGGUGCUAAAACGCGGCAUCCUCGGCACCCGCUACAGCGCUUCGCUCGGCAACAAGGUGUGGGACGCGCUGACCCGGCCGGGCGCGCCGCUCCACAAGCUGGACGCGUGGCUCGAGCCGCACAACUACACCAACAUACUGCACAAGCAGGGCCUGGAGCGGCUGGUGUCCAAGUUCUCGGCGCUAGUCCGGAGUCCCCUGCAGCCCGACGAGUUCGUGUCGCUGUUCUUCAACGUGGCCAACCAGCUCGAGGAUGAGAGGAGGAACUUCGCGCUGAGUCGGUUGAGGGACACGGAAACCCUGAAGCAGUCGCCCACAGACACCAUCACUCAGUACGCGUACAACCUGAUGAGCCACCAGACCAAGCUCGCGCAGAAGUGCCUCGACGACCGCGCCGGCCGAAGGCACAGCAGCGCGGCCAUCUGCAAGUACGGCACCAGCACGCAGGAGUGCUCGUGUCUCUUCAGCAAGGUGUACAAGCUGCCGUGUAGACAUAUACUGAUGCUUACUACGGAGCUUAAGGUGAAGACGCACAUCCCGUUCGAGCCGCGCUGGACGGUGCAGCACUGCCUGUUCGGCUGCGACAACAACCCCGCCGGCGCCGCCAGCAACACCAACGCCGGAGGUGCAAUAUUAGAGCAAGUGGUGGUGGACGCGGACAACCAACACCGACAGAUACAGCAGCCGCAGCAAAUACACCAGGUGAGCGGCGUGCGACAGCAGCAGUACGUGUUCGCGGCGCAGCACGGCCAGCCCGCCACGCCCGUGUCGCAGGUGAUAUUCUGCGGCGGCGGCGUGCAGGGCGUGGGCGGCGUGGCGGGCGUGGGCGGCGGCGCGCCCGUCAUCACCUCCGUGCUGCCCCCCGGCGGCGCCGUGCUCACGCCGCACCACUCUAUACACCAGUGAACACCAGUGAAAUAGCAUUAACUAUAAUAGAAGACCUGUGAAUAGAAGCAAUAUUGGGUUAACUACUAGGAGUGUGGAAAGUUAUGAAAGUGGAAACACCAGUGAAUAGACGCGAGAAUGCAGUGAACACUUACUGUCACCAGGCGGCGUCGUG